GGAGGCGCGGGCCGAGCGCUCGGGGCACUCUCGGCGGUCCCGGCCGUUCGCCGCCGCCGCGCGGAGAUUCGCGCGGAGAUUCCGCGGAGCCGCGCGCGUCCCCGGCCGGGCUGAGCUCCCAGACCGCGACGAGAGCCGCAGGAGCCCGCGGGGACGCAGUGCGAGCCAGGAAGAAGCACAUCGCCCAGUUGACCCGUGUGCGGCAUGGUUGCCUGAGGAGAGCUUCAGCGAGCGCUGGGAUACCUAGAGGAGGGGAUAUGACACGUUAGCGGUCCCCCCAGGAAGAAAGUUCGAGAUGGCAGCUCAACGGAUCCGAGCGGCCAACUCCGGCGGCCUCCCUCGGUGCAAGUCCGAGGGGACCCUGAUUGACCUGACCGAAGGGUUUUCGGAAGCGAGCUUUAAUGAUGUCAAAGUGCCUUCCCCCAGUGCCUUGCUCGUAGACAAUCCCACACCGUUCGGGAAUGCAAAGGAAGUGAUCGCAAUCAAGGACUACCACCCAGCCAACUUCACCACCCUCAAGUUCUCCAAGGGCGACCACCUCUACGUCCUGGACGCGUCCGGCGGGGAGUGGUGGUACGCCCACAGCACCACGGAGAUGGGCUACAUCCCGUCCUCCUACGUGCAGCCCUUGAACUACCGGGACUCCACCCUGAGCGACAGCGGGGUGAUCGACCAUCUUCCAGACAGCCCAGACGAGGUGGCCAAGGAGCUAGACCUGCUCGGGGAAUGGACAGAGGACAAGGGACCGAGCAAGACCUACAGCAAUAACCCCUUCUGGAACGGGGCCCAGACAAACCCGUUUCUGAACGGGAACGCGCCGGCGAUGCCCAGCUUGGACGAGCUGACCCCCAGAAGCACCGUGGAUUUGCUCCUUUUUGAUACGGGCACGUCUUCGUUCACCGAAUCCAGCUCCGCGACCACCAACAGCGUCGGCAACAUCUUUGACGAGCUGCCGGCCGCAGGCCGCCUCCAGGCCGAGGCGCCGGGCAAGCGGGACAACCCCUUCUUCAGAAGCAAGCGCUCCUACAGCCUGUCGGAGCUCUCCGUCCUCCAGGCCAAGUCCGACGCCCCCGACUCCUCGGGCUUCUUCACGGGCCUGAAAUCCCCGGCCCCGGAGCAGUUCCAGAGCCGGGAGGACUUCCGCGCCGCCUGGCUGAGCCACCGGAAGCUGGCCCGGUCUUGCCACGAUCUGGACCUGCUGGGCCAGAGCCCCGGGUGGGGCCAGACCCAGGCGGUGGAGACGAGCAUUGCGUGCAAGCUGGACAGCUCCGGGGGCGCCGUGCAGCUGCCCGACAGCGGCAUCAGCAUCCACGUGCCCGAGGGCCACGUGGCCCCAGGGGAGACGCAGCAGAUCUCCAUGAAAGCCCUGCUGGACCCCCCGUUGGAGCUCAACAGCGACAGGUGCAGCAGCGUCAGCCCGGUGCUGGAGGUGAAGGUGAGCACCCUGGAGGUGAAAACCUUCAUCAUCGUGGAGAUGAAAGUGUCGGCCGAGGUGAAAAACGACAUCUUUAGCAAAAGCACGGUGGGUCUCCAGUGCCUGAGGAGCGACUUGAAGGAGGGGCCCUAUGUCCCCAUCCCACUCACCUACAGCUAUGGGGACACGGUCCAGGUGCAGCUGGACAACCUGGAGCCCUGUAUGUACCUGGCCGUUGUGGCCCACGGCCCCAACAUUCUCUACCCUUCCACGGUGUGGGACUUCAUCCACAAAAAGAUCACCGUGGGCCUCUACGGGCCCAAACACAUUCACCCAUCCUUCAAGACCGUGGUGACCAUUUUUGGGCACGACUGUGCCCCGAAGACGCUGCUGGUCAGCGAGGUCACCCGCCAGGCCCCCAGCCCUGCCCCCGUGGCCCUGCAGCUCUGGGGUAAGCACCAGUUCGUCUUGUCCAGGCCCCAGGAUCUCCACGUCUGCAUGUUUUCCAACAUGACCAACUACGAGGUCAAGGCCAGCGAGCAGGCCAAGGUGGUGAGGGGGUUCCAGAUGAAGCUGGGCAAGGUGAGCCGCCUCAUCUUCCCCAUCACCUGCCAGAACCCCGGCGAGCUGUCCGACUUCACCCUGCGGGUUCAGGUGAAGGGCGACCAGGAGGCCAUCCUGACGCAGUUUUGCGUGCAGACUCCCCAGCCGCCCCCCAAAAGUGCCAUCAAGCCCUCCGGGCAAAGGCGGUUUCUCAAGAAGAACGAGGUCGGGAAGAUCAUCCUGUCCCCGUUUGCUGCCACCACCAAAUACCCGACCUUUCAGGACCGCCCGGUGUCCAGCCUCAAGUUCGGCAAGUUGCUCAAGACCGUGGUGCGGCAAAGCAAGAACCACUACCUGCUGGAGUACAAGAAGGGGGACAGCGUCGCGCUGCUCAGCGAGGAGAAGAUCCGGCUGAAGGGGCAGCUGUGGACCAAGGAGUGGUACAUCGGCUACCACCAGGGCAAGGUCGGCCUCGUGCACGCCAAGAACGUGCUGGUGGUGGGCAGGGCCCGGCCGAGCCUCCUCUCGGGGCCCGAGCUGAGCACCUCGGUGCUGCUAGAGCAGAUCCUGCGACCCUGUAAGUUCCUCACCUACAUCUACGCCUCGGUCAGGACCUUGCUCAUGGAGAACGUCAGCAGCUGGCGCUCCUUCGCCGAUGCCCUGGGCUACGGCAACCUGCCGCUCACCUUCUUCUGCCGGGCCGAGCUGGACAGUGAGCCCGAGCGGGUGGCGUCCGUUCUGGAAAAGCUCAAGGAGGAUUGUAACAACACGGAGAACAAAGAGCGAAAGUCCUUCCAGAAGGAGCUCGUGAUGGCCUUACUGAAAAUGGACUGCCAGGGCCUGGUGGUCAGACUCAUCCAGGACUUUGUGCUCCUGACCACGGCGGUGGAGGUGGCCCAGCGCUGGAGGGAGCUGGCCGAGAAGCUCGCCAAGGUGUCCAAGCAACAGAUGGAUGCCUACGAGUCUCCCCACCGGGACAGGAACGGGGUCGUGGACAGCGAGGCCAUGUGGAAACCCGCCUAUGACUUUUUACUGACGUGGAGCCACCAGAUCGGGGACAGCUACCGGGACGUCAUCCAGGAGCUGCACCUAGGCCUGGACAAAAUGAAAAACCCCAUCACCAAGCGCUGGAAACACCUCACGGGGACUCUGAUCCUGGUGAACUCCUUGGACAUCCUGAGGGCAGCGGCCUUCAGUCCCGUGGACCACGACGACUUUGUCAUUUGAGCGGGUUCCCUCCCGUCCGCUGCUGCUCUGGGGCAUGCACCCGCCGCCCCCCGUCUGUCCCAGAUGCCCGUGCAGUCACCUGGGGGGAG